CGGGAGGAGGCAAACAUGUCUGGGAUUGCAGCUAAAUUAGCUAAGGAGAGGGAAACAGCCAGGGGCUUAGGCUCCAACGCAAAGGCGUUUAAGUACCUCAGUCAGGACUUUGAGACGCUGAGGAACGAGUGCCUUCAGGCUGGGAAACUCUUCCAGGAUCCAUCCUUCCCUGCGAUUGCCUCUUCUCUGGGGUACAAGGAACUGGGACCAAACUCACACAAAACUCAGGGCAUCACGUGGAAGAGACCAACGGAGCUGUGUUCUAAUCCCCAGUUUAUUGUUGGAGGUGCCACCCGCACAGAUAUCUGCCAAGGAGCCUUGGGUGACUGCUGGCUGCUGGCAGCCAUUGCAUCUCUUACCCUGAAUGAAGAGAUUCUGGCCAGAGUUGUUCCCAAAGAUCAGAGCUUCCAGGACAAAUAUGCAGGAAUCUUCCACUUCCAGUUCUGGCAGUAUGGGGAGUGGGUAGAUGUUGUUGUUGACGACAAGCUCCCCACCAAAAACGGAGAGCUGCUCUUCGUUCACUCAGCAGAGGGGAGCGAGUUUUGGAGUGCUCUGCUGGAGAAGGCCUAUGCCAAGGUGAAUGGGUCAUACGAGGCUCUCUCUGGAGGAUCCACCACUGAAGGCUUUGAGGAUUUCACCGGCGGAAUUGCAGAGUGGUAUGAGCUGCAGAAGGCACCACCUGACCUGUUCAAAAUCAUCCAGAAAGCUCUUCUAAAAGGUUCCCUCCUCGGAUGCUCUAUUGACAUCACAAGCGCAGCUGAGACCGAGGCAGUCACUUCUCAGAAGCUGGUCAAAGGCCAUGCAUACUCCGUUACAGGAGCCGAAGAGGUGAAUUGCCGAGGAAGCAUGCAAAAGCUGAUCAGAAUCCGAAAUCCCUGGGGGGAAGUGGAGUGGACUGGAAAAUGGAAUGAUAACUGCUCAAACUGGAACAGCGUCGCUCCUGAAGUGAGAGAGCGACUGACCAGGAGACAUGAAGAUGGAGAAUUUUGGAUGUCAUUCAGUGAUUUCCUGAGACAUUACUCCCGCCUUGAGAUCUGCAACCUGACUCCAGACACGCUGGCAAACGAAAAAUACAAGAAGUGGAGCCUGACCAAGCUAGAUGGGAACUGGAGGCGUGGCUCCACUGCUGGGGGUUGCAGGAAUUACCCAAAUACCUUCUGGAUGAAUCCGCAGUAUUCGAUUAAGCUGGAGGAAGAAGAUGAGGAUCCCAAUGAUCCUGAGAAGGGCUGCACCUUCUUGGUUGGCCUGAUUCAGAAGCACCGCAGGAGGCAGCGGAAGAUGGGGGAGGAUAUGCACACCAUUGGCUUUGGGAUCUACGAGCUGCCCUCGCAGUUUUCUGGCCAGACAAACGUUCAUCUGAGCAAAAACUUCUUCCUGACGAACAGAGCCAGAGAAAAAUCAAACAACUUCAUCAACCUCCGAGAGGUACUAAACCGAUUCAAACUGCCUCCAGGAGAAUAUGUCAUUGUGCCAUCCACUUUUGAACCCAACAAGGAUGGGGAUUUCUGCCUCCGAGUCUUCUCUGAAAAGAAUGCAGAUUCACAGAUUGUAGAUGAUGAAAUUGAGGCCAAUAUUGAAGAGAACGACAUCAGUGAAGAGAACAUUGAACCCAGUUUCAAAAAACUUUUUGCGCAGUUGGCUGGAGCGGAUGCAGAGAUCUCUGCUUUUGAAUUAUGUAAUAUCCUGAGAAAAAUCAUGGCUAAACGACAAGAUAUUAAAUCAGAUGGCUUCAGUAUUGAGACGUGUAAAAUAAUGGUUGAUCUGUUAGAUUUGGAUGGAAGCGGUAAACUGGGACUGAAGGAGUUCUACAUACUCUGGACAAAGAUACAGAAAUAUCAAAAAAUCUAUAGGGAAAUAGAUGUCGAUCGCUCUGGUACCAUGAACUCCUACGAGAUGCGGAGAGCAUUAGAAGAAGCAGGGUUCAAGCUGACUUGCCAGCUGCACCAAGUCAUUGUGGCUCGUUUUGCAGAUGACCAGCUUAUCAUUGACUUCGAUAAUUUUGUCAGGUGCUUGAUUCGGCUGGAAACUUUGUUCAAAAUAUUUAAGAAACUGGAUGCUGAGAAAAGUGGAACGGUGGAGAUGAACCUUAACACUUGGUUGUGUUUUACUAGUAUUUGA